ACACACACACACACACACACACAGAGUGAUCGAGGAACUAAUUCAUGAACCCUCGUGCAUAAAAUAUCAUAGAGAGAAAUGCAGGAAGAACCAUAUGUUAUGAUCGGUGGAGAUGGACAAUACAGCUAUGCCAAAAAUUCCAAUCUGCAGAGAGUGGGAGCUGAUCAUGCCAAAACCCUGAUAAUCGAAGCAAUUACUGAAAAUCUCGACAUUGAUGAAAAUGUCUCGCGUCCAAAUUCAAACAUAUUUGGGAUUGCCGAUUUAGGCUGUUCUAGUGGCCCUAACACAUACUUUUCUAUGAAAAACAUCAUAGAAGCUGUGGUACAAAAAUACAAAAGCAAAGGUCGUAACCUCCCAGAAUUUCUAGUGUUCUUCAACGAUCAUGUUUCCAAUGAUUUCAACACUCUCUUUGCAAAUCUUCCAGCCGACAGGCAAUACUUUGGGGCGGGAGUUCCAGGAUCUUUCUACCAUAGAUUAUUUCCAAAGGCAUCUCUGAAGUUUGUAUACUCUGCAUAUGCACUUCAUUGGCUUUCUAGGGCACCACCGGAGAUUGGGGACUUGGAUUCAGCUUCAUGUAAUAAGGGAAGAUUAUAUUAUCGAAAUGCAACAAAGGAAGUUGGUCAGGCUUAUUCUGCACAGUUUGAGAAAGACAUGGAAUCCUUUUUAAGUGCUCGAGCAGAGGAGCUUGCUCCCGGAGGAUUAAUGGCAAUCUUAAUGUCCGGACGUAAGGACGGGACUCUUCCAAUACAUUCCUCAAUUGGCCCGCAAGACCAGCCCUUGGAAUCGUCUCUUCUGGAUUUGGUUAACGAGGGAAUAAUAAGCAAAGAUAAAAUGGAUUCCUUCAACUUGCCAAUCUACGGGCCAUCAGCGGAGGAGAUAAAGGCUAUAGUAGUAAAAAAGGUGCAUUUUGACAUUGUGAGAUUGAUUACUCAAACCAGUAACUCCAGCCGUAUGAUUAGCGUAGAGGCGUGUAGAGCUGGGUUUGAUGGCAUUUUGAGCAAGCAUUUCGGAAGCGAAAACAUGGAUCAACUUUUUGAUCGAUUUUCCAAGAAAGUUGCUGAGAUGCCCCUCUCAGUGGUGAUGUUGAUUUGAUUAGAUUUGGUUUGAACAUCAUUCUCAAGCGUAAGUCUUGAUCGAUUGUGAUCAACAUAUAUGAUCUCGAAAGUGAAAACGUCAGUUAUUCAGUUUUGUUUAUAUAUGUUGUUUUGUGCAACUGUGAUUUUUAUGUACUACUAAUCGUCGUGGCUGUCGUCGAAUAUCAGUUAUUUAAUGUUUUAUUCU